AUGGCAAACUCUUUGGAUUCUUGGAUGAGGGAGUACAACGAAGCCUCUAAGCUUGCAGAUGACGUUAACAAUGUGAUUUCUGGGAAGGAGUCCUUGCCAACAUCAAGUCCCGAGUCAAAAACCUUUAUAUCUGCAAUACGAAGGAAGAUAACAAUUCUUGGCACUAGAUUAGAUAGCUUGGAGUCCCUUUUGUCAACGCUUCCUAGCCAACAACAAAUGUACGUGUUUUAUGUGAUUUAUCAGCUGUAUUACUGCGAACUUUGUUUUACAAUUAAUCUGUGAUCAUUGUUCUAUGCUUAGUUUUAUAGAUUUUAGCGCAGCUCAUCCCUCUCAAUCUCCUUGGAUUCUCUCGAUUAUAUAAUGUGCUUUUAAUAUAAUGUUAUUUUUGUGCGUAGCCUUACUGUGAUUUUCGGACUUUUUUCCCCUGUAAUUGCUCCCCGUAAUUUUCUAAUUAUUCUGACGUUAUUUUUGCAUGAGUUAUGGAAACUUGUAUGCACUAAAUUAUUGCUCGUGUCAAUUUACUUGCGGCUAACUUUUACAGUUGCUAUAUUUUUUGUGCCAACAUAAAUUGAUCUUCUUCUCUGUUAUAAUUUAUUCUUUCGAUUCAUUAAUGCGAUUUGAUCUGGAACGGUCUUUGGGUUAAAAUGUUGUUGUUGUAGCCAUAAUGAAUUGCAUUAAACUGGCAAGUGGUUGGAAGGCAUUGCCAAGGUUUGCUAUACAUAUGUGGGUUAAAGUGAUAAGGAGUAAUGCCUUGUUCUCCUAGAAGGAUACCUCAUUGCAUGUGGUCUCCUUACAUUCAAACUUGCAGGAACGUGUGGCUAUACACUGAUGGUAUUAUUGGAAUGAUUGUCAAUAAGUUUCAUAGGAUCCUAUGAUAUUCUUUGCAGUCUGUCAUUGGCCUAUUUUUGGUGGCUGAUUUUAUUUUCUUUUCUUAUCUGGGGUGGGGGUGAUGCCAUUAACUGUUGCAUAUUUUCAGUUACUAUUUUGUUGCAUUUCCAUUGUCUACAAGAAGCCUCUUGAUCGCAGGUAAUGGAAAAGUUGUUUUCAUCCGUUCAUAGUUUUCUCAUAUCUUGUCUUGCAUGUUAAGAAUUAUUAUUGGAUAAUCUUUACUGCACACGACUCCUUAGGUUAAGGUAAUGCAGGAGAGUGUGUCAGACAGUUUCGGUGUAAUAGGUGGCUGAAAACUAGUGUUAGGAAACUGUCACUGGGUUUUGGGUACUUUGCUGUUCUAGGGUCAUGUUGCAUUUUGCUUAGAGGAUUCGUCUGAUGAAAUCAACAAAAAACUAAUGUGUUCGGAUUCCAUCCGGUAAGACACUAUUCUUUUGUAGGUGAGCAUGCAUGACUUCGAAAAUGAGGUAAAGAUGUUUCUUUGGGUAGUAAAUCAAGCGGUCAAACAUUUGAUGUGAAAAAUGUCUAUACUUGAAAUGCGAAUUCAAUUGUAACUUUUUAACAUUCAAUUGAGUAGAAAAGUUGGUAUUCAUAUUUGUUGAGAAUAUUGUGCCUGAAAUCAUAUUUGAGCGGAAUCUAAAAUAACGGAAUUUAAUGCUUCUACCUAAGCACCGAAAACAUUUUGAAAAUGUGAAAUUUCUUGAAAUAGUUCAAAAUUCAUAUUGCAUCUCCCAGUUCUUCAUCAUCAAAUGGUUCCAUUUUUUCGCUUGCGGGGACGCUUGUUGUUGCUAACAUAUCCCCGUUCCAGUUACUAGGGAUGGAAGAGAACACUUGUGCUCAUUUUUCUCGAUGUCUUAAUCAUUGCAAGAGUUUCACCCAACAUCCAGAGUUGCAAGAAGAAUGUCUUUCAAGACAUUUAUCUUUUACAUUUGCAAUUUUAUUCUAAAUAUACUUUCGAAAUUUUUAUUAGAUGGGACGGACUGAAGUUUGGGUCUUCAUCAUAUCUUGCUUCUGGCACGAGUUGGCUGAUUCAGAAUAGGGAAAUUGUACUUCUAAGGGAACUUUUCUCAAUUUCUGAUGUGGUGCUUGAGUAAGGCAUCUUUCAUUAGUGGAAUCUAUUGUUUGAAUUAUUUUAUCUCCUAAAAAAGAGAAAAUCCUUCCCAGUCAUGCACUGUGCCUCAACCAAUAUGUUGCCGAGCUCUAGAAGUGUUUUUCAUCUUUCGGAACAUAUUCGUGUCGUGUGUAAGGAUAAUGGUAUUGUUCUAUAUGUGGCCUUGUCUAUGCUUUGCACAAAGAAUAUUACCUUCUUUUUUGCCUGACUUGCACAUGUUUUCUCAUAUGCAGAACUGCAAAAGAGCUGCAUAAGCGUCAAGACAUGCUUGCAAGUUUGAGAUCUAAAGCGAAGCAGUUGGGUUCUACUUUAAAUACGUCAAAAUUUGCCAGCAGGUGAGAACCUUUGUAAGCUUCCUCUGUCUCAGUGUUUUGAUUGUUUUGUCUGGAGAACAUUUCCCUUUAAACUGUGGAUUUGCCACUUGGGGAAUUAUGCUUUUAAUCAAGCGGAUGACCUUUCCAUUGAUCUAACCUUAUCAAAAAAAAAUUGUAAACUUCUGAGAAAUGGGCAUUAAGAUUGGAUUCAUGUUGCAGAGAGGAUCUUCUUGGACCCUCUGGGAAACCUUCCGAUGGCAUAGAGAGGAUUGCUGGACUAGACAACUAUGGUGUUGUUGGACUGCAACGUCAGAUAAUGAAAGGCAUGGCCUCUUCCUUCCUUUGGAGUGCUCACCAUUAAUUAACUUCUUGCCUGGAAAAUCUCCUCUCAGGCAUUUUUUCCGCUCUCAUUUUUCUUUUUUCCUUUACUUUUUUAGAGCAAGAUGAGAAUCUUGAAAAGCUGGAAGUGUCAGUUGUAAGCACAAAACACAUUGCAUUGGCAGUCAAUGAAGAGCUGGAUCUUCACACGAGGCUCAUUGUACUUUUCUUCAUUAUCUCUUUCAAGAUUCUCUAAAAUACAUACAUGGUACUCUUGAUAUACAUACAUUCUCUAAAAUUCCUCUUCUUUCUGACAGGAUUCCUUGGAUCAGCAUGUUGACUCGACCGGCUCACGUCUUCAGGUAUCUCUGUCCUUUUUAGCAUAAUAGGCCACAUUGAAGAUCAUAUAUCACAUUGGAGAAGAUGAACCGCCAAUGAUACAAAGAAAAGAAAAAGUGCGCGUGUAGGUCAUGAACUGCCGUGUUGACCAACUCCAGUAUAAUGAGAGGGAUUGAGAGGGUCAACUUAGUAGCCUCUUCUUAGUUCGGGUUCACGCUAGCCGUGUAUGCCUUUGGAUUCCCUGGACUGGCUAGCUUUGAUUAGAAGGGAGAGAAGUGAGAGAGAUGGGUAAAUCUCUCUGCAUGCAUAUAGAAUAGGCCUUACUCAUAAAAAAAUAAAAUGCCUAGCCAUAAUUUUUCUUUAUGCCACACUGAUUAAUUGUUUUAUAAUUCACCCAUUCCCUUGAAUGUAUUUCAAAAUUGCAUGCUUUGUUUCAAAAGAAGGUAGAAAAUCAUGCGGUUUUCAUAGAUUCCUAUAUUCAUCACGUGGAGCCUGCCCACAGAAUUGAAAGAACAAUAUAUUGAGGUUGGCGUUUCCAUUGAGGGCUUUUUCGUCAUCUUGCCCACAAAUAUCUAUUUGCAUCUAUAUCAGAACUAUAUUCAUCUAUCUUAUUUAGGACUCCCUGUAUAAAAUUUUAUUUACAUGUGAGUGAUCCGGUUUUUAGUCGCCCUUAGACUUCCAGUUUGUAGUUACGGAGACCAUACUGAACUUAAUAUUUUAAAGGUUGCCAUCCAUACCAUCUCCACGAUGUGAUCUUGAUACCAUGAGAAUAUCUUCCCGCAUGAUUCCUUUAUUGAUCUCUUUUUACACCCGGCUGUCUUCCAAUUCUAGCAAAAUUUCUCCCUCUCCCUGGAUUUUCUCGGUAGGUAUCAUUAUCUUACCCGCGACUGUAAUUUUUAUAUGGUGGUUUCAUAUGAAUCGGUGAAAAUAAUUCUGCUAAGGACAAUAAAAAAAGAAAGAGAGGAUGAUCUAUGAUUUUUUUUUUCACAAAAAUGUUUAUUUCUCUCUCUUUAUAUCAGGCAGCCUUGUAACUUCAGCACCCCUCUCUCUCUCUCUCUCUCUCUCUCUCUCUCUCUGGUUUUACAAGCGGGUGGUGUCUUACGCAGUAAAAGCUUGUAAUUCUUUCUCAGGCGAUUUCCCAUGAAUGAAGUGAAAAAAUUAUGCUAGGAAAUAAUUAUAUAUUUUAUUUGAAAAUUUUAUUCAUAAAAAAUGUAUUAUUCUCUCUUUUAGGUCAGGUCACCUUCUGCUUCUUUACGUUUUUCUUUUCUCCCUCUCCAAGAAUUUUCCGAGUGCAUGGGGAUUUCACUUGAAUAUGUGAAAUACCGUGUAGGAAUGCAGCCAAGCACCAUAUCACAGUCGAUAAAUCUUUGAAUGUUCUUUUUAUCGAGAAAAAAAAAAAAAAGGGCCUAUAAAAUCUCCAGCGAGGGUUGACUUUAUGUGGUGGGGCCGACUUGCAGAGGGUGCAGAAGAGGCUGGCGAUCCUCAACAAACGCACGAGAGGAGGCUGCAGCUGCACUUCCCUCUUGCUGGCGGUCAUCGCCAUCGUAAUCCUGGCCGUCACCGCCUGGUUGCUCAUCAAGUACUUGUGA